CACGACUCGUCCCCAACCAUCACUCAUACCUUCACACCAUUAACCUUAUCUCCAGUCACUCACUGACAGCCCAUUUGAUUGUCAUUAACCCACCGAUCAGUUCACUCACACCCGAUCUCUGAACGCACACCGAUUUUGAACAUUGAUUUUGUUGUAAUUAAUAAUUACAUUGUAAUAAACUGGUGGUAAAACACACGGACACACACUUGUCUCUACACCCGUACCGGUCACUGGCCAACCACUUCCCGUGGGAACCCAUGUUUACAAUUGUUUUGCAAAUAAUAAUAUAAAUAAUAAUUUAAUCUUUUUUACGUUUGUUUUAUUGAAAAGUAAAUAAUAACGAGUUUUUAUCUCUCGUCUCCUGUUUUGUAUUUUAUAAGAUAUUUUUAAUAAUAUUUUAUUAAUUAAUUGAUUAAAUAAUUAUAAUAAUUGUAAUAAUGUCUGAGAAGAAAGUUAUAAAUACCGGCAAAAGUGUCAACUAUAACGGCAAAGGACUGGCCAGUAAUGGUAAGCCGAUGGCCAACAAUCGUGUGUCGAGCAAAUCCAACAAAUCUGUGGCCAACAAUUCGGCCUCAAUUCAGGCCCAGGCGGCGGCCGCAGCGAUGAUACAGCCGUACAUCAACGCCCGGCUCCAGGCGUCGGCCGCCUGUAUGAACGUAAACCCGUACCUCCGCUACAAUCCGGCCUUCGCCGCCGCGGCCGCAGCCGCAGCCAUCAACCCGUACGCGGCCGCAGCCAACGCCGGCUACGCCCAGCAGUCUAUCAAUACGGCAAAUUAUGACAUUUGA